AUGACCGAAAAGGAAAAUAUUAAGUAUGUACAGCUUCCAAAAUACUUUGAUGUACGCUGGACUGAGUUCACGUACAGCCUGUUAUUUGGAAUAUUGAAAAAUUGGAGAGUACUUGUCAAAUAUUUUAUUUUCAACCGUCAAAAUAAUAUAAAAGAUUCUAAAGCUGUUGAUUUUUACAAAAUUCUCACCGACAUAAACAAAUUGAAGUUAUUGUGUUUUCUUGCAGAUCUAGGGUACUUGUACACAAGGUUUCAAAAACAAAUUCAAAGUGAUGGCUUAUUAAUAUUUGAUAUCGAAGCUAGAAAAGAUGGUUUAAAGAAAAAUAUAGAACAGUUAACUAACUCUCCACUGAUUGUUGGUUGGGAAUAUAUGUUAACUCAAGAAAUUGUGACUGAAUAUGAACCAAGUACAGAUACCACUAAGAUAAAACUUAAAUAA